CUCGGAAGAGUGAACUAUCCAAUAUAGUGAACACCCAAAAUUUUACAUGCACUACUCUAAAUAGUGAACAAUAAAAAUCUCGAUAUAGUGAACACAUAUUUUUUCUCAAGUUUGAACAAGAUUAUUGCAGCUGCAAUGCGUCUACAGCAUGUCGACUGCCUAUGAGCAAAUUUUACCGUUCAUUCAAGUAUAUUUUACACUGAAUCACAAAAGAAAGCAACCACUUGCCUCAGUUAAACACAAGUUCUUGCUGUGUUUUUACUUUUGUACAACAUUGUAAUUUUGAAAACAAAUUCGACCAACUGCUGAAAUGUGUGCAAUAUUCUCAUUUUUGUUUGGAUUUUCUGUGCGUAAACACAUAUCUGGUUAAUUUUAGUGCAUUGUUAAGUUAGAAUGGCCCGAAAGCAUUUAACAUUGCUUGAAAAAACUGAGGUAUUAAAGAAGCUGUCAGCAGGUACUUCGGCAACGUUUUUGGCCAAAAAAUAUGGAAUAGCCAGAUCUACCGUAAGUUCCAUAUAUAAAAAGAGGGACAAUAUAACAGCUACGGCGACUCAGACUUAUUGUGGCCCUGGAAAAAGAAAAAUUUUGAGGACAUCCGAACUUCCAGAUGUAGAAAAAAGGCUGUAUAAAUGGUUCUUGGAGCAACGUAGAAAGAAUCUGCCUGUGAGUGGACUGAUAUUGAAACAAAAAGCUAUUUCCAUACUGGACAAAAUAAAUGGCAACAGAUAUGGUUUUGUUGCAAGCGAUGGUUGGCUACAAAAAUUUAAAAAAAGGUAUGGAGUUCGAUAUCUGAAAAUAUCCGGAGAGAAGCUAUCUUCUCAACCAGAACUGGUCUGCCCUUCUAAACGAGUUCUUCAAGAAAAAAUAAAGAGUAUGGAUCUCAAGCCAGAUCAAAUAUAUAACGCUGAUGAGUCAGGUUUAUAUUGGAAGCUUCUUCCUGGAAAAACAUAUGUUUCGUGGGCUGAGAAGACUGCUCCAGGGAGAAAAGCCGAAAAACAAAGAAUUACUUUCAUGGCUUGCACCUAUGCUUCAGGUCGCCAUAAAGUAAGACCUCUUGUAACUGGAAAAGCCAAAAAUCCUCGCCCAUUUAGAAAUGUGUGCUUGCCCGUACAUUACCGACACUCCAAAUCAGCUUGGAUGACAGGAGCAAUAUUUAAAGACUGGUUUCAUAAUUUAUUUGUUCCAGAAGUUCAAAACUUUCUUAAAAAUAAUGAUUUGCCACUUAAAGCUCUUCUUAUUUUGGAUAACGCUCCUAGUCACCCUCCGGAAAAUCAGCUGCAAACAUCAGAUGGCUGCAUAACAGUCAUCUAUAUGCCACCAAAUGUAACUAAACUCAUUCAACCGAUGGACCAAAACGUAAUCCGACUGACGAAACUUUUUUAUAGAAAAAGCUUGUUAUUGUCAAUUAUUGCAGCUGAAAAAGAAAAUAUUUGCGAAGCGGUAAAAGAAAUCACGAUCAAGGACAUAGAGGAA